GGAGAAGUUCCUUCCUUUGCAGAACUUUGCUGAUGGACAGAAGCAUAACAGCAGAGAAGGUCAGGCUGCUUUAAUUGCAAAGAUUUCCUCAAGCUGAGAGGUGCAGGUGUCCAUAUGAAGAAUCAACAACUUUGGGUCGGUUUCAUUGUUCUGCUGAAUCUGCAGUUUGGUUCUGCCUACAAACUUGUCUGUUAUGUCACCAACUGGGCUCAGUACAGGCAAGGACCAGCCAAGUUCACCCCAGAUAACAUAGAUCCAUUUCUGUGCACUCACUUGAUUUUUGCUUUUGCGGAUUUGGAAAACAAUCAAAUUAAAACUAGAGAAUGGAAUGAUGUAAUACUCUACAGGGAACUCAAUGCUCUAAAGGACAGAAAUAGCAAUUUACUCACAUUGCUGGCUGUUGGAGGGGGAACCUUUAAUAACCAAAAAUUUACUACCAUGGUAUCAUCUUCAGCAAAUCGCCAGACUUUCGUCUCAUCAGUUAUAACUUUUCUCCGUGAGUAUGGAUUUGAUGGUCUGGAUCUGGACUGGGAAUAUCCAGGUUCCAAAGGUAGCCCUCCAGAGGAUAAACACCUGUUUACGAUUCUGAUUCAGGAAUUAUCAGCAGCCUUUACGGGAGAAAGUGAACAAACUGGAAACCCACGGCUCUUGCUUUCAGCAGCUGUAUCUGCAAGCAAAACAACCAUAGAUGCUGCAUAUGAAGUACCUGCAUUGGGGAGGAAUCUUGAUAUUAUCAAUGUGAUGACUUAUGAUUUUCAUGGAAGUUGGGCUCCAGUGACAGGACACAACAGCCCACUGCAUCAAGGUUUAGUGGACUAUGACCCAGUUCCCUUCUACAAUUGUGAAUAUGCAAUGAAAUACUGGAAUGACAGUGGGGUACCAUCUGAAAAACUCAUGAUGGGGUAUCCAACAUAUGGGCGUACUUUUAGACUUUCUAGUACAAAUACUAAUGUUGGUGCACCAGCCUCUGGUGGAGGCAGUCCUGGAGUCUACACCAAACAUUCUGGUAUCCUGGCAUAUUAUGAGGUUUGUGCAUUCUUACAAGGAGCUGGGAAAGCAUGGAUUGAGAAACAGAAGGUUCCAUAUGCUUUCAAAAAUGGAGAAUGGGUUGGAUAUGAUGAUGAAAAAAGUUUUCAGUUUAAAACUGAGUUUUUGAAGAGGCAAAUGUAUGGAGGAGCCAUGGUCUGGACUCUUGGUCUGGAUGACUUCUCUGGCAGUUUCUGUGGUCAAGGAAUCAACCCCCUUGUGAAUAAACUAAAGACUUUUCUAAUGAAUUGAGGCCUCAGUAAGAAGAAUAGAACAACAUUCAGUGGAAGACUAACACGUCUUAAAUUCUUUCUGUUCAGGUGAUAUAUUUCUUUGAAAAAGAAAUAUUAAUAAAUCAAUGACUCAUAA